GCAACGCUGUUGUGUUCGUGGUGAAUGGUUAGUCGAGCAAUAACAUUGCAUUUCGAGCGAAAUUUUGUUAAUUUGUAAAUAAAAGGCACCUUUAAAAUGUCCAGCCUACUAAAAGUAGCCACCAGAGCAACCCGCUCUUCCUUCAUACAAGUGCGCGGAUUGGUCACCACAACACCUAAGCAGAUAAAAGAAAUUCAGGAGAAGCAGGAGAACAAUGUCAGGAUCUUCGAGGGAGUUAAUGUAGAGUCACCGCGUGCCGAUUCGAUGCUUAAGUCUGCCUGCCAAACCAAAUUUUGCCCGGAAUGCUCUUUGGGCUUGGACAUUAAACACACGGAUGUGCUAAUCCUGUCGCAGUACGUCCGUUCUGAUGGAUGCAUGUUGCCCAGAAGGGUUACCGGAUUGUGUCACCGGCAGCAGAAGAAGAUGGGAACUUUGGUGACAAUGGCCCAGAAAGCGGGACUGAUGCCCAACCUCGCGCCCACGUGGAGCAAAAAGGACCCAAAGAAACGUUUCGGCUGGCGCAAGUUCAACAAGUACUUCCUGGAAUCCACAAUUAAAUACUAGUGUUAAAAGCAAUAAAUUUGUUAAUAGAGGUA